AGUUGAUUUUAAACAAGUGAAGAAAUCAGUUGAACGCUGAGUAGUACUUGUCAGAAAUCAUAAAUAUUUAUUUUUACAAAAUAACAUAGGAAAGGAAAUUGAAAGAAAAAAUCAACAGAAGAAUGCAUGGCGCAAACACCGAACAAAGCUUCAUUCAUGGGCUUGUUGAUUUUACUGGUGGAUCGUUAGGUGGUGUGGCAGGUGUUUAUGCUGCCCAACCUCUGGAUACAGUCAAGGUAAAAAUGCAAACAUUUCCACAUCUGUACAAAGGAAUGAUCGACUGUCUUGUUAAAACUUUUAAACGUGACGGUAUUGCAAGAGGUCUUUAUGCUGGAACUAUUCCCGCGGUUGCUGCAAAUGUUGCUGAAAACUCAGUUUUGUUUGCUGCUUAUGGCGUUUGUCAAAAGUUUGUAGCGACAAGUUUUGAAGGUAAAACUGAUGUCAAAGACAUUUCAUUGCUUGGGAAUGCAACAGCAGGCUUUCUAGCAGCAUUUUUCUCGUCAUUUACGCUUUGUCCAACUGAACUAAUCAAAUGUAAGCUUCAAGCACUUCACGAGAUGAAACAAACGACAAGAACGACGCCUUAUCAGUUGACAAAACAAAUUCUUAAGACUGAAGGAAUUAAGGGAAUGUUUCGUGGUCUCACGCCCACAUUUGCAAGAGAAAUGCCGGGAUAUUUCUUCUUCUUUGGUGGUUAUGAACUGACGAGAGAUCUUUUAGCGAAGCCUGGACAAUCGAAAGACGACAUUGGGGCUGUCAAAACAAUGAUCGCUGGGGCUGUGGGCGGUGCUUCACUUUGGACUGCAAUCUUCCCAGCUGACGUUAUUAAAAGUCGAGUUCAAGUUCAAGGCAUUUCAGCCUCAAUGUUUAGUGUUGGCAUUGAUAUAUUUAGAAAGGAAGGAUUCCUGAGCUUAUACAAUGGAUUAACACCAACAAUUUGUAGAACUAUUCCAGCCACUGCCGUACUUUUCUUAGUCUACGAAUAUUCCAAAAAGUUCAUGUUAUCGUUUUUAUAAAUAAGAAAAUUUAAAACGAAAGAAAAUUAUUUUUUAUAAAUUUUUGUUAAGCAAUAAAUUUUAUUUAUUCGAUGACGUCUUGAUUGAUAAAGAAUAAAGAUUAAGUGAACAAAAUAUGACAAGUUUCUGCAACUCAAUUGAAGACUUUUCUUAUCAAACUUUGUGAGAUGUUCGAGAGAAAUCAUCAAAGUUGAUUCUUUUUACAGUGAAACUUCUGAAAAGUAAUUCGAGUGAUUCUUCUUGAUCCAUUCAGAGAAUUCUUGGCAUAUGAAAUAAACAUUUACUGACAGCUGUGACAAGUCCCAUUUUGUAUACAUUUUGAAUGCUCGAAUUUCAUCAGAAGUCGGUGCUGUGACAAACUCCAUAUCGUACGAAAUCGUAGCGCUCAUUUACGCGAACACAAUGAUUAUAUCGACCAAAAAAGCAUUCGCUGUCGAACAUUCCCAGACGACCAGUGUGUCGACUUCGAGCGCAGAUAAAUCUUUCAGGGUUGUUUUGAGGCGGGCAUGCUGUAGCGCACCCAUCAGGAAUUGUAACUUUAACUACCGGAAGUAAUGUUGACACCAUCGAGUAGCAUAAUGUCAAAAGAAUCACAAGUGACGAUAGCUUUAAAGCCAAUCGUGUAUCAGAUGAAUUUUCCUUCUUUGAAAAUUUCAUUCUUUCUCUUUGAGAAGAUAAAGUUAGACUGAAUGAGUGUUACGAAGACAUUCUCGUUUAAAAUGAGUCAAAUGAUAUUCCUGUUGUUGUAUAAUUUCAUUUUCAAAAUCUACGCCUCUUCGACAUCGAUUCUUCACUUAAUAAGAAUGAAUUUUAAUUAUCAAC